AUGAACCAGCCGACCUUCGUUUUCUCCCUCGGCGCAUGGAGUAGUCCUGUCGGCUUUGAGGCCCUACGAUCAGACCUCCGUUCUCGCGGUUUUCCCUCCGAGUGUCCCUCCCAUCCCUCCGCGGGCACAGAGCCUCCAAAGACGUUAGAUGAUGAUGUUGCCUCUCUGCAAAGUGUGAUGACUGCUCUGGCGGAUGAGGGAAAAGAUAUUGUUGUUGUGGCACACUCCUACGGCGGGAUGGUGGCCUCUUCUGCCGUCGAAGGGCUAGUAAAAUCAGUCCGCGCACAGGGAGGCAGGCUCGGCGGGGUCGUCUCGAUUAUCUGCGUGGCUGCCUUUGCGCUAGACAAAGGGCAGAGCCUGCUGGGAUUGCUUGGAGGAAAUUACUUGCCUUGGAUGAGGGUCGAGGGCGACCAUGUCCACGCCGAUGGUGCCAGUAUCUGGCAGGACCUGCCGCCAGAGGAACAAGAGAAAUGCAACGCGAAGGCACUUCCAACCUCGCGUCUAGUUUUCGAUGGAAAGAACACCUACGAGCCGUGGCAUCAUGUCUCAUGUGCGUAUAUAGUCUGCGAGCAGGACCUGGCCCUUCCACAAUCCUUCCAGGAAUUGUUCGCUGCGAAAGUAAGCGGACCACGAAGAACUUACCAGCUGCCAAGCUCGCAUUCGCCCUUCCUGAGUAUGCCUGGUCGCUUGGCAGAUGUUCUGGGGGAAAUUGUGAAGGUCUAA